CCUGCAGAUUCCUCUGCCUGUUCUUUCCUACCAACACCACUCUAAUUCCCGUGUGGAUCACCUCCUGCCUGGCUUACGGCAGCGGCCUGUUUAUUCUUCUGCCUCCUGCUGCUAUACACUGGUCUUCCGAGGGCAUCAUUUUCAUCACAUCAUUGCUUGCCAGAGAAUCUACGUGACUUUCCAUUCUCUGCAGGGUAAAAUUUAGAUUCUUGGCCUGGCUGGCACUCAGGCUCCCCAUAGUCUUGUGCAGCUCUGUCUGCCCUGCCUUUCUUUGCUCCCAGAUUAUGCUUGCGGACCUCUUCCCCAGCCAGUCAGGCAUCUUCACUGACCUCAGAACCAGCCGCACACAUUUCCAGCAGAAGCGCAUGCCCCUGAAUGCCUCUCUUCCUCCAUUUCAUCAACUCCUUCCUCCUGUCUGCUUUCAGGAUUCAGCCCCAGUCCCACCACAGGUCUUCUCCAGUCUUCAGCUUUCAUCCAUCUCCUCUUCUGAAUUGCGCUUGGGACCAGCAUCCAGCCGUGCUGUGGGCUGUAACUAUUGCACGAGCAUCUGUGUGCUCCCAGUAGGACAAGUGGCGUCUUAUCCCCAGCACCCUGGCGGGAACACAGCUGGCACUCCCUUGAUCAGCCACUCCCUGUUUCUUGAGUACUCUUAGCCUACGAGGCACAGGAUUAUACUUGUUUAACAAGCUGCUUCCUCAGUGUGACCUCCUUUCCUUCCUGCUCUUUAGAGGAGAGGGCUUUUGAAAUCAGGACGUUCUGAUAAGACUCUGGGGGCUGGGAUGCAAAGAGAUUGGCCUCUGAGGCCUGCCUAAGCUGUUUCACCUCCCUUGUCUUGCACAGGCUCCCUUCCCCCAAGUCUCCAGGGUCACCUGUCGCAGUUUCCUGCCUCUGCCCCCCACCGCUCCUGUCUCUCUGCCAGAGGUCCCUCACAUCCCUACUCCAGGCCCUUUGCUUCAUGGCAGGAAGCCUUUCUUCCUGCUGGCUCUCCUGUCUGCUCCUCUCCAGCCUGAAGUGGACAUGGCACAUAUUUUUGCCUUACAUCUUCAUGUCAGCUAAUGAUUAUUCAGGAAACUUAUCUCAACCUGCUGGCCCUAUCCCAAAUCUUUAGGGCAAGGGUCAUGAGCGUGAUGUCACGGUCACGUGACUGCUGCCUAUACCUCGCUCCCUCUGCUGCCCUGAUCCUGACAUUCUACAAAGCUAAUUGUGUCCCUGGCCUCCAGCUCACCUGGAUAGAGACCUGAGCAGAAAGGUGAACCUCUCAUCUUUGCCUUAGAUUUUAUCCUGAUGGCUGACUCGAAACCACUCCUCUCCCUUGAUGGGGACCCCAUGGCUGCAGAAGCCUUGCUCCAGGAUGUGUUUGGGAUUGUGGUGGAUGAGGUCGUUCGGAAAGGGACUAGUGCCUCAGAAAAGGUCUGCGAGUGGAAGGAGCCGGAGGAGCUGAAGCAGCUGCUAGACCUGGAGCUGCGCGGCGAGGGGGAGUCACAGCAGCAGAUCCUGGAGCGGUGCCGGGCCGUGAUCCACUACAGCGUGAAGACCUGUCACCCUCGGUUCUUCAAUCAGCUCUUCUCAGGGCUGGAUCCCCACGCCCUGGCCGGGCGCAUCAUCACCGAGAGCCUCAACACCAGCCAAUACACGUACGAAAUUGCCCCCGUGUUUGUCCUCAUGGAAGAAGAAGUGCUGAGGAAACUCCGGGCCCUGGUGGGCUGGAGCUCUGGGGACGGGGUCUUCUGCCCUGGUGGCUCUGUCUCCAACAUGUAUGCUGUGAACCUGGCCCGCUACCAGCGCUACCCGGAUUGCAAACAGAGGGGCCUCCGGGCACUGCCACCCCUGGCCCUCUUCACAUCAAAGGAGUGUCAUUACUCCAUCAAGAAGGGAGCUGCUUUUCUGGGACUUGGCACCGACAGUGUCCGAAUGGUCAAGGCAGAUGAGAGAGGGAAAAUGAUCCCUGAGGAUCUGGAGAGGCAGAUCAGUCUGGCUGAGGCCGAGGGUGCUGUGCCCUUCCUGGUCAGUGCCACCUCUGGCACUACUGUGCUGGGGGCCUUUGACCCCCUGGAGGCAAUUGCUGAUGUGUGCCAGCGUCAUGGGCUGUGGCUGCACGUGGAUGCUGCCUGGGGUGGGAGCGUCCUGCUGUCACAGACACACAGACAUCUCCUGAAUGGGAUCCAGAGGGCUGACUCCGUAGCCUGGAAUCCCCACAAGCUCCUCUCCGCAGGCCUGCAGUGCUCAGCUCUUCUUCUCCGGGACACCUCGAACCUACUAAAGCGCUGCCACGGGUCCCAGGCCAGCUACCUCUUCCAGCAGGACAAGUUCUACGAUGUGGCUCUGGAUACUGGAGACAAGGUGGUGCAGUGUGGCCGCCGUGUGGACUGUCUGAAGCUGUGGCUCAUGUGGAAGGCACAGGGCGGGCAGGGGCUGGAGCGGCGUGUCGACCAGGCCUUUGCUCUUGCCCGGUACUUGGUGGAGGAAUUGAAGAAGCGGGAAGGGUUUGAGCUGGUCAUGGAGCCUGAAUUUGUCAACGUGUGUUUCUGGUUCGUGCCCCCCAGUCUGCGGGGUAAGAAGGGGAGUCCGGAUUACAGUGAAAGGCUGGCUAAGGUGGCCCCAGUUCUCAAGGAGCGCAUGGUGAGGAAGGGCUCCAUGAUGAUUGGCUACCAGCCCCACGGCUCCUGCGGCAACUUCUUUCGCAUGGUCGUGGCCAACCCUGCGCUGACGCGGGCUGAUAUGGACUUCCUGCUGAACGAGCUGGAACGGCUGGGCCAGGACCUCUGAGCCUCUCCUUAUCCAUGCUGGCCUGGACACCCCCUACCCUCACCAUCUCCGUGUAUUCCCCUCCCUGUGUUCUCAAGAACAGCCUUUCUAGAAAACAAAAAUAUCUUAGUUAUGUGCUUCAACCCACUCCUUUAAAUAUUUGAUGUUAGGAUAAUGUUUAAAUGAAUGAUGAUCUAUCCAUAUGAUAGAGUAUUACUCUGCCACUAAAAUUAUGUUUACAAAGAGAGUUUUUAUAGAUAUGAGAAAAAUAAUAUAAUGUUAUGUUGAAAAAGCUGCAUAUAAGACUUUAUAUAUAGUAAUAUUUGAGAGCCGUAUUCAAAAAUACAUAGGAAAAGACUGAUGCAAGGAAAGAUGCCCAAAUAUUAAUAGUUUUCUCUGGGAUGGGAUUAGAGGCAAUUUAAAAAUUAACUUCUUUAUACAUUUUGUGCUCCCUUCUUUUAUUAUAAAAUGAUUAUCUGUUAGUUAUAAUAGGAAAAUAAUAAAGUUAAAAUUUCAGCUAUA